AUGCUUCCAUUGCACGCACAGCAGCUGCUGAAUAGGGUCACUAAGCUGGAGGAAGAACUGGCCAAGCGAAGUCUACCUCAUCUGGCCUCGGUGGAAGACUUGCUGCAGGACGCGCAGAUUAGGAAGGCGGACACAUCCCGUUUGAAGAAGAAUAUCGCGGAAGAAGACAGCGGCUACUUCUCGCUUGACAGUGGCCAAGGGUUUACUGCUGAAUGUGCAGGCGUGCCUCGACGCCUCGAGCUGCACAAUAGAGUCACUAAGAUGGAAGAGCAGUUGGCUAAAUGGCGAAGUCUACCUCAUAUGGCCUCGGCGGGGAACUUGCUGCAGGAUGCGCAGGCGCGCCUGGAUACCGUCACCGCACACGCGCAGCAGCUGCUCAAUAGGGUCACCAAGCUGGAGGAGGAGUUAGCCAAAGCAGAUACGGAAAGAGGGCGAAGUCUACUUCGCCUGGCCGCGGCGGAAGGCUUACUGCAGGACGCACAGGCUCGCCUGGACGCCGUCACCGCGCACGCACAGCAACUGCUCAAUAGAGUCACUAAGCUGGAGGAGGAGCUGGCCAAGUGGGUAUCGCGGAAGAAGACGGCAGUUACCUCCCACCUGGCCGCGGCGGAGGGCUUGCUACAGGACGCACAGGCCCGACUCGACGCCGUCACCGCGCACGCACAGCAAUUGUUGAAUAGAGUCACUAAACUGGAGGAAGAACUNAGACUUGCUGCAGGACGCAUUAGGAAGGCGGACACAUCCCGUUUGAAGAAGAAUAUCGCGGAAGAAGACAGCGGCUACUUCUCGCUUGACAGUGGCCAAGGGUUUACUGCUGAAUGUGCAGGCGUGCCUCGACGCCUCGAGCUGCACAAUAGAGUCACUAAGAUGGAAGAGCAGUUGGCUAAAUGGCGAAGUCUACCUCAUAUGGCCUCGGCGGGGAACUUGCUGCAGGAUGCGCAGGCGCGCCUGGAUACCGUCACCGCACACGCGCAGCAGCUGCUCAAUAGGGUCACCAAGCUGGAGGAGGAGUUAGCCAAAGCAGAUACGGAAAGAGGGCGAAGUCUACUUCGCCUGGCCGCGGCGGAAGGCUUACUGCAGGACGCACAGGCUCGCCUGGACGCCGUCACCGCGCACGCACAGCAACUGCUCAAUAGAGUCACUAAGCUGGAGGAGGAGCUGGCCAAGUGGGUAUCGCGGAAGAAGACGGCAGUUACCUCCCACCUGGCCGCGGCGGAGGGCUUGCUACAGGACGCACAGGCCCGACUCGACGCCGUCACCGCGCACGCACAGCAAUUGUUGAAUAGAGUCACUAAACUGGAGGAAGAACUGGCCAAGUGA